AUGAGAGAAAAAAUAUUAUAUUGUAUAUUUUACCUAUUUUUAAUACCUGUAUUUUGUAAUAAAAAUAUAAUUGAAUUAAAUUAUGAAAUAAAUUCCUAUUCUUUAAAUAAUGACAAAUGGAACAAUAUUGGAUAUUUUAUUUUAAAUAAUAAUGAAAUUCAUGAUACAUCUAACAUUUAUUUAGGAGAAAAAAAAAAAUUUAUUGAAAAAUUAAAAGGAGAAUUCGAUUAUGUUUUAUUUCAAUUAUGUUACAAUGUGGAAGAACAAAAAUGUAUACAAACUUAUGUUGAUAAAAGUAGAAUUUACAACAUAGAGAAUUUCAUACUUUUAAUUGGUUUAGAUAAUAAUUAUUUACCAUUUGUAAUGAAUUACAAAACAUAUGAAGAAUAUCAAAAUACUAAAAUCUUCUCAGGAAUGUUUGCCAUAAAAGUUUUAUCAGUUUCCUUACCUAUUGAUAUAAAUAAUUUGACAGAAGAAAACAAAAUUAAAACAAAAGCUAAUGAAAAUAUGAAUGAAAAAGAAAAAAAAGAACCCAAAUCCUUUUUACGAAAAUAUUGGUAUGUUAUAGUUAUAUUUUUUAUAUCCUUAUCAAUAUCAAAACACUUAACUGAAAAUAUGCCACAAACAAAUAACUGA